UGCAGUCACGAAAGUUUUAAGUCAAAAUUUAAAACCUACAUCUGCUUUAUUUACCUGGUCAAGGCCUAUGAUACUAUCAAUAGGCCUGGGCUUUUGGUUGUUUUUCGUGCUUUAAUAAUGAUGGUGGGAAAGCCCAGGUAAAGCUACGUGGCCGGGAGUUGGAGCCAUUCCGUUCACCUUGGGGUGCGACAGGGAUGUCCUGUGGCUCCCACAUUAUUCAACAUAGUUUUCAAUCACGUAGUUCGAGAAGCCUUCCAUGGCUGACUGGUGGAAUCUCCAUCUGGUGCAGAUGCAAUGGGAGGCUGAUCGAUGCUCGGGUGCGGUCGAGGGAUGGCUCCCUAUUGGUUAACCAUGUUAUGUAUGCUGAUCUGGUAAUUGUUGCUCACAUAGAGAAUGAGUUGGAGGCACUGCUGCUAGACCUGGAGUGUACCACUAAGAGUGCACCAACUUAGACUCCCAUCGUGUCGCCCUCUUGCUGGGAAUCAUCGUUCACUCAGUCUCAUCACGUCUACCACCUCGUCAUCACGUCUACCACACUCGUCAUCACGUCUACCACACUCGUCAUCACGUCUACCACAUUCGUCAUCACGUCGACCAAAUUGGUCAUCACGUCUGCCGCACUCAUCAUCACGUCUGCACAUACGUCAUCACGUCUACCAAACUCGUCAUCACGUCUGUAUAUACGUCAUCGCGUCGACCAGCGCUCAUCAUCACGUCUACCCACCAUCGUCAUCACGUCCCCUAGUCAACACGUAAUAUCGCCAUCACGUCUACCACUCGUCACGUCAACUCAGCAUACGUCAUCACGUCUAAUACUUCACGUUAUCACGUCCACCACUCGUCACGUCCUUGUGUUUACCAAUCGCUUCGGGUUCGCCACUCGGGGCUGCUGCUGCGGGGAAACCGAGCGGAGGGCGAGACCCGGUGAUAACUGCAGAGAAGAUCCCUGGGCAGCAGGCAAAAUGCCGCGCAGAGCCAACAUGCGAUGGGAAGACAUCGCAGCCGCUGCUGCCGCCGCUGCUGCCGCUGCAGCUACUGCUACUACCGGAGGAGUGGUACCUUAUCCGACCGUGAAGGCAUUGAGUGGUCGCUUGGAGCGUAACCCUCGGAGGCAGACGUGGCUCCAGGUGAAAGAGGAGAGAGAGGACGAGGAGGAAUGCCGGGAGGUUAGGGCUGAUAUUCAUAUCCCAGCCGAAGGAGGUGACAUUCGAGUUAAAGAGGAGGAUGAGGAGGGGCGGAGCGAAGAAGAUGGAGUGGGAGGAGGAGGCCUUCGUAUCAAACAAGAGCCCCUGGAGCCCGAUGAGGAGCGAGCGGUUAACGACGUCUCCCCAUCGGCCUGGCGAGGAGACGGCUGGGCGCCUUCGUCGGGUGUGGCGGAGGUGGAGGUGGAGGUAGAGAAUGAGAGCGACGGCAUAGCAGCGGAGGGCGGACCCGCGAGGCGCUCCGGCGAACGGACGCGCGACGACGACGACGACGACGACGACGACGAACCCCGACGGAGGCCGCCGCCCGAGGGCGGGCAUGCGCGAGUUCACGCUUGCCCCGAGUGCGGCAAGGCGUUCGCGACGACCAAGAGCCUCAGGCGCCACCAGAAGAUCCACCUGCUCGUGAAGCCCUACCAGUGCCCCGCGUGCGACAAGGGCUUCGUGCGCCCCUCCACCCUACGCAGCCACAUGUGGAUCCACACGGGCGAGAAGCUGCAUAGGUGCUCGGCGUGCGGCAAGAGCUUCUCGCAGUCGUCGUCGCUGCAGAACCACGCGCGGACGCACACCGGCGAGAGGCCGCACGUCUGCCCCGUCUGCGGCAAGGGCUUCAUCCAGUCGUCACCCUACCAGCGGCACAUGAUGACGCACACGGGCGACAGGCCACACAAGUGCCACCUGUGCGCGAAGUCCUUCACCGUCGCCAAGUUUCUCAAGGACCACCUGAUGACGCACACGGGCGAGCGGCCCUACAGGUGCUCCUUCUGCGAGAAGGGCUUCAUCAAGCAGCUGAACCUCGUGUGCCACGUGAGGUCUCACACCGGCGAGAAGCCGCACACGUGCCCCGUGUGCGGCAAGGGCUUCGCCUACAAGUCGGUGCUCAAGUGUCACAUGAGGACUCACAGGGGGAAGAUGGACCAACAUUAGCGGCCCUCUGUAGGAUGAAUAAAGUGUAAAACAAAGGCCACGUGACAGUGUUAGACAUUUGUGGAUUAUUAGAUAGCCUGGGCUUUUUUUCACUUUCGUUUAAAAAAAACUCAAAUGAUAAGACAAUACUACAAGAUUGCUGUGCAUAUAUCGAAAUAGGGAUUGUAAAUCCUAUGUCAUUCACUACCACCAGAAAGACACCCGAUGACCCACACGGGGCCUUACAGGGUGCCACCGUGUGACGAUAAUCAAGUCGGUGCUUGAGUAUCACAUGAGGACUCACAGGGGGAAAGUGGACCGACACGAGCGGCUUCUGGGAUGGAAAAAGUAUAAAUAUGAAGGCCACGUGACAGUGUGGAUUAUUAAAGAGUCUGGGCUUUUUUUCGGUUUAAUUAAAAUGAAAAAUUAUAAGACCAGAGUAACACUACAAGAUUGCUAUAGCUACAGUAAGGUUUCAGAGUAUGCGGGAGUAGGUAAGUUCCGUGUACCUCCGGUAAGCGCGAAUUUUCAUAAGUUGGGGUUCGCCUGUAUGAGUAUAGAUAUACAUUGGAAAUAUAUACACUCCUAUAUACAGUAAAACCUUGGAUUGCGAGCAUAAUUCGUUCCGGAAACGUGUUUGUAAUCCAAAGCACUCGUAUAUCAAAGCACUCGUAUAUCAGUUGUGAUCACGUGACGCUCGGCAGACAAAGCGUAUACGUACUACUCGUAUUGCAAGACCUCGCUCGUUUAUCAAAUUAAUAUUUCUUUAAAAAUUUUGCUCGUCUUGCAAAACACUCGCAAACCAAGUUACUCGCAAUCCAAGGUUUUACUGUACUACUAUAUCACUAGAAACUACUAUACGAGUGUAAUAUAUAACAUGUAAGAGUGUAUAUGAAAUGUAUAUAAAUGUACAUAAAUGUUUAUUGAAGUCAAAGUAUUGUACAGUAAAUGAUUCACUAAUCAUCGGUUGCAUCAAAGUCAGAUAGAAAACGAGAUUAUUAACACGAGACUAGAACACUAGAUAUUGUUUUGGACACGUUUCUUGCGCGAGCGAUACAGUUACAUGCCCUCAAAUACACAUGGCGGGGGGGUGAUUUGACCCCGUGCGUGUAGCGAAAGUAAAGUCACAGAGUGUAAGGAUGAAUUGGGGUGGUCAGUCGCGUAUGAGCGGGUCCGCGUACUCUUAGCCCGCGUACUCUUGAGACCUAUCGAAAUCGGAAAUAUCUUUCCUCGGUCAUUCAUCGCCACCGAUACUCAUACGUUUAACUUCCAGAGAGGCAUGCGAUGACCCACACUGGGCACUAUAGGGGUUCUCGAGUGCCACCCUGUGUGAUGACAAAUCAAUUCGGUGCUUGAGUAUCACAUGAGGACUCACAGGGGGGAGAUGGACCAACGCUAGAGGCCCUCUGUGAGAUGGAUAAAGUAUAAUAUAUUUUAAAAAGGCCAUGUGACAGUGAGUGUGAAAAUAAGAAGAGGUUUUUCCCUUUCUGGUGUUAAGAUCUUCAAACACCAAAUAGAUAAAAAAUUGACUUAACUUUCGUGACUGCAGGAAUUCGUAUUCUUGGUUCCAAGAAUACCAAAUAGAAACUUUUUUGCAAUGAAUAAAGGCCGCAUUAACCACACACAGUACUUGUGGUGAACAUGCAAAGAAACAUGCUCUGAUAAUUAAUACAUGUAUUGUCUUUGAAACUGACUGUUCUACAUCAUAGACAUCAGCCUUCUUUAUGGCCUAGUCCAGGGGUGGGCAAAUUUUUUGACUCGCGAGCCACAAUGAGGGGCCCAGGCCCUUUCGAACCCUAUACACCACACUCCCAGUCAAAGUGCGCCAUCUAAUGGGGAAAUGGCAUUACAGGAGAAAGGUAAAAUUUAAUUUAAUAGUAAUAAUAUUUGGACAAGUUCGGCGGACCGGAUUAAAAAGCCCAUGUCUGGCCUAGUCUCACUACCAGUGUCAGACCAGAGAAGAACAGCAAAAGGCUAACAGCACAAAUACAAUGCAAGUAUCAGAGCUUUUACCGAUACUCUUUUUUAUUUUGUCUGAACACGUGAAAGUGAAUCCGACGAGCUGAGACAUGGCUCAAACGUGAAUGCUGGUGUGGCUCAGCAUAGGGUUUUUUUCCCCAUGUAUGUACCCGUACGGUGAACUUCUUUCGCGCCAUUACGUAGUUAACCGUGCUAAUCGGAGGUGCCAGGGGAAGGACAAAACUAAACAACAACAAGCAGUUCGAAAGAAAUUAGUUUGUCAAUCUGAAAGUUGCAUAGCUCCCAAUGGCUUGCGAAUAUGUGAAGAAAGCGUUCCAGACGGCCAUAGAAGAGCAUCUGAAAGCACCGUGCGAUAUUGCUGUGUAAAGUGGUGUAGUCUAUAGUAGUGUAGUGUAUAGUAUAUAGCAUAGUAUAAAGCAGUGUAUAGUAGUGUAUAUAGCGUCUGAAAGCACGCAAUAUGGUGACAGUCUUUGUUCGAUGGGCAGCCAAAAGCCACCACCGCCGCUGCUGCUGCGAGGCUGGAGCGGAGUUCGCGUGACGACGAUGGUUUACGCUAAUUUCUUCAGGAAUGCUUUCUGCGUUCAGGUUUUUGUACUUCCGCCGCACCCACGUACGCACCCGCGUGCGUACGACACGUCGAUCGGAGGAUGAAAGUUGGGAUGUGGGGGGAGGGAGCCAUAAGGAGGGGUUUAAAAGGGGAACGAUCGUAACCAUUGUCGCAACAGCCCUCUUUUGUGCCUGUGUAACACGAUUUGCGCUGUCCCUUCUUCUGCCUGUCCAUGUUGGUUAGACCUCCCCCCCCCCCCAACCCGAUCGCCGAUUGAGACUUAAGUGUGCAUUGGAGAACGCGAAUCUCUACGAGCGGUGUCCUCAGUUCUAGAGCAGCGCAAAUGGGGAGGGAAAUCGCUUCGGUUUUUUUUUUGUGGCGAGUUCUCUCGGCGUUUCGCCUGCCCUAGGAAGUGAAGUGCCUUUGCGUGGUGGUAAUAGAAAUAAAAAUCCACAAUGGAGGUUUUGUUUGGGUUAGAUCACGUCAAUAUGAAUGUGUCGUUAAACCCGCCACCACCCGACACAACCAAUUAGUAAGGUUUUGUCACGUAAACGAAAUGUGCCA